AUGCAAACGACCCGAAAAACAACAAAAUCCCUCGGCCAGAGAGGAACAAUCCAAGGCCUAAUUAUCUCCAACAACCAAAAUAAAGAUCUAUGCACCUACUACGGUGGAGUUCGCUACGGCCUUCCAGCGUCCGAACGCUGGCGCCGUGCAAAACCCUUGCCUGAUACAUAUACCUACGGCACAGACAAGAACCCGAGAGAUUGCACAACUGGUGCAGGCGUAUGUCCCCAACCCGGAUUCCUGAACCUCUCACCUGAGAACCCAGAUAUUUGGGACGAGGAUUGUUUCCAGUAUGGCGGCUGGCUUCAAUUCGGAACUCCCAAUUCGUUCAAUGCUGCUGCGUUGAUUGGCGAGACGGAUUUCAAGUGUGUGGUUGUUAUGCCUGCGUACCGGGUGAACCUCUUUGGGUUCUUGUAUUCGGUUGAGCUGGAGGCUGAUGCGGCUUCCGUUGGGGAGUCUGUUGGUAACCAUGGAUUUUGGGAUCAGAGGCUGGCACUGGAAUGGACUCGUGAGAGUGCCAGUCUCUUUGGGGGUGAUCCAACCAAUAUCACUAUCAGUGGCUAUAGUGCUGGUGCCAACUCCGUAUUCCAUCAACUAGCCUACGAUCUUCGCCAACCAGCCCCCAACGCGUUAGUCCGGCAAGUCUGCAUCUGGUCUAACAGCCCAGCAGUACAACCAAAACAACCAGCAGAAACCCAAUCCCAAUUCAACGACCUACUCACAGCCUUAAACAUCCCUCUCUCCCUACCGGCCAGCGAGAAAAUCAACCGUCUCCGCUCAGUCCCAGCAAAGACCCUAAUAUCUAUAACAAAAACCCUAUCCCUACACCAAUUCCGGCCAACAACGGAUGGAUCCUUCAUAAGCCCAACCCUCUUUGACUCCCUCGACAACGGAAACUUCGCAUCGACCCUCUUAAGCCGCAACAUUCGCGUAAUUAUUGGAGAAUGUGCAGACGAGCACUUUUUAUACAAUACCUGGUUUCCACCCAAAUCAAACACACUAUCCGCGCUGCGAACCCGUCUUAUUGCCGAUUACCCAGAGCACAUUGUCGACGCUCUCAUGGCGAUGUACUACCCAGACGGGAAAUUACCAGCCAACUGCAAGAAUUGGGAUGUCGAUGCUUGGGGGCGCUGUUACGCAGAUAUGCAGGUGCAUUUUAUGCAGCGUGGGUUCGCGUAUACGCUGACUCAUAACACGGCGGGUGUUGAUGCGUCACGGUUGUUGUAUCGGUAUCGCAUUGAGUGGAGGGCGAAGUGUAUUGAUGCUACUAUUCCGGUUGAGUGGGGUGUUACGCAUUCUUCGGAUUAUCCGAUUUGGUUUUGGGGGAAUGGGAAGGUUCUGGAGGAGGAGGAGAAGGAGGUUGUUGAGAGGGCUUUUAACGGUCCUUUGAGUUCUUUUGUUAAGGGUGCUGGUGAGUUUGGGUGGGGCACUUGUGGGCCGAGGAGUGUUAGGACGCUUAAGAGGGAUGGAAGUGUGGUUAUUUGGGAGGAUGAGAAUUGGGAGGAGGGUGUUAGGGUUUGGAAGAGAUUGAGAGAUGCUGAUAAAGGGAAGGCGAGGCUGUAG